UAGUGCACGUACCUACAGUAUUUCUCCCAGUGAUGCCAAUUUAGCAAUUUUGUUGCUAGAUUUAGCAACUUUUCAGACUACCCUGGCAACUAUUUUUUUCAAACAGCACCUGACAACAAAUUUACCUAGUUUUAAAAAUGUAUUUGGAAUUUUUAGCAACUUUUGAAAAGUGACUCAAACGCUAAAAUGCACGCAUUUUCCCUCUAAAUGACACAAAAAAAGAUUCUCUGUCACAACACGGGCCUGGCUGCAAAAGUGCGUUGUGAGUGACGUCAGCAGCAGGCGCUCAGCUGUGCACAGUAAAUUGCAAAUCACUGUUGGCUGACGGCAGCAGCAGUAGUACGGGUUCGACUAGCCAAACCCAAUGAAUAUAGUUGGUCACGAAUGUUUGAUCUUGAACAGAACUUACAACAUCAAUCAAAAUUGUACAGAAAAUAGUGGGUGGGUCAGCUAUGGCGGUGGCGGUCUAUGAAGAAACGGAAUGCAGAAAAAACUGCCCUGCACAGGACACAAACCUUCCACCAGAAACAAGCUCAGCACUGGAAUCUGGUACCUCCAUCUCUAGCAGUAGAGAGGUGUUGCCAGCUCCACCAACAGCUAUCCUGGAGAAUAUUCAUGAAUCUGGAGCGAUAAACCUGAACUUGGCUGAGGGAGGCAAAGGUGGGGGAAGUGUAGAGAGGGUAUUCACUGGUGAUGAGGAUACAAGUGGGAUUGUUAAAGAGCUGAGUUGUAACUCAGGUGACCGUGAUAAGGAGGAAAGGAGAGAUGCUUUCUCAGAGUGUGUGAGUGACAUAGUCAGUGCAGAGUGGAGAGAGGGAGAAUGCUUUGUCCCAGUUGGAGUAGAGGUGACUGAGAUGGCUGCUGAGGGGGAGUUUGAAGAUGGGAUGAGAGCUGAAAUGAAAGAGGGAAAGGGGACAAACAGUUAUGAGUCAGGGGAGGAGUUGGUUGCUGAGAGGGCUGUGAAGAGAGAGAUUGAAGAGAAAGAUACAGAGGGAAAACUAGUCCUAGAGAAAGAACACAAGGUGGCUCCCAAGAGGAAGAAUAUAAGGAAACGCAGACGAUCAGCCAAACCUCAACGUGACAAAGAGGCAAAUUCCAGUGCUUCCUUUGUAGAGACUGUUCUCUCAUUGCUACUGUCAGUCUUCCUAUGGCUGCAGGCAUUCUCACCAACAAUGUUAUGCUGGUCCCCAAAUAGUUUAUUUUGUAUAGUCAUGCUCGGGGUGGCAUCUGGCACUGGGGGUGUCUUUACAAGCAACGAUCACCAGAGUUUGUCAUGCAUCGCCUGCAAGAGUCCUGGAUGUGCUGCUGAUGUGACUAAGAUAUGGUGUGGGGAGGAUGAACUGUUGAAGGGUUUACCGAUCCCACUCUGCACAAGCAUUUCCCAAAAGUCCAAGACUGUUUGCCAGCAUAAUGGUCGGACAUUUGUGCUUAUGAUUGAAGAGGGCAAGAAGUGUGAUAUGGAACAAUAUCAUGACCAUGUGCCCUCUGAAAAGACAGAGUGUCCACCAUUGUUGGAAGCUGCUCAAAACUCAAGGUUGGACACUGUUCGAGGUGACACCACUUUGUCAGCACCAACUCUCAAUGCUGAUAUGACUACCUCACCACCACCUGAAAAUGGUUCAUUGUUUGUCGGAGUCAUUGUCAUUUUAGUUAUUGGCUUUAUUGGUGUCGUUGUUGCAGUCUAUUUGAUCAGACAAAAGCAGCAGGGUGCCAGUAGAAACCAAGAUGAAGAGACUGAGAUGAGUGCUCUGAACAACGGUAUCAAGCAGAAUGGAGGUCCUGCCAAUAGAGACAAUAAUGAAGAGGUGGCUGUGAACAUGCUUGACAAUGGGGGCCCCCUGAGCCAUCGGCAGUAAUGAGGGCCCGUGGAGCUGUCUCCGGCAGCAUGGUUAGCAUAGAGACUAUGGUACUGAUUGACCUGGCUCGUCUAUGAAGUGUUUUUUUUAUGUUCAUGUUCAAAAUGUGGCACAUCUUACAUUUUCAUUUCAACAGAUGGUGCGUGUUUGUGUAACUCUUGUGUUUUCAACAUAUUUCAGUGUGGAACAUAGAUGGCAUAAGACCCUGAUUUUAUUGAUCAGUGAAAAUGGAAUGCAAAUUGUUAAGGGAACUGCUUUGGGGCUUCACAUUUUUUGUUUUUUUCCAUCCUAUGGCUUACCUGUCCAUAUUUGUUCAAAUAAAUGAAAAAAUGAUGAACAA